AUGCAAGAACUACGCAAAAAUAACUGCCUCAUCGGACUUAUCUCCAUCCUCCUCGAUGACAACCGGGAAACCACUUCUGCCUAUCGAGAGUCAGUCGAGACACUGCGUCUGCACGAAGAGAUCACUGCGGUUCUCUGGAAUUUAUCAGCAUCUACAGAUGCCCGGCCCGAGCUUGCUGAGGCCGCGGUUCCUGUGUUGACAAGCCAGUUUUUGCUACCCGCUGUCUCGGGUCUUAAAGGAGCCGUGAACAGCGGCAGCGAUGGAAAUAGGUCGACUCCAGCUCGGCUCCGGUCAUGGUUGUCUGAACCAUGCGUGCUCAAUUCACUCGGAGUAAUCCGGUAA